CUCCUACCUACUUAUGGCAAUGAAAACACCUAGAGGCCACAUGCAAGAGACGUCCCUUGUUUUUCAGGUACUGAGAAUCAUAAUCCCUAAGUCCUGGCAGUUCCUGGGAUCACAAGGAGAGCAGAGUGGAGGCUUGGGGAGGGGCGCCCACACCAGAUUCUGUGGCCUGCGUGCUGCCUAAGAGAAACAGGAGACCAUGACAGCUGCAGUAACACUUGAAACAAUGGCCAGUGGAGAGGAAUAUGAGCCGAGGAACUGUGUGGUGUGUGGAGACCGAGCCACAGGCUAUCAUUUCCAUGCCCUGACUUGUGAGGGCUGCAAAGGCUUCUUCAGACGAACAGUCAGCAAAACCAUUAGUCCCAUGUGUCCAUUUGCUGGAAGCUGUGAGGUCAGCAAGGCUCAGAGACGCCAUUGUCCAGCCUGCCGGUUGCAGAAGUGUCUAAAUGCUGGCAUGAGGAAAGACAUGAUCCUGUCAGCGGAAGCGCUGGCACUGCGGCGAGCCAGGCAGGCACGGCGGAGGGCACAGAAAGCAUCCCUGCAACUGAGUCAGGAGCAGAAGGAGCUGGUCCAGACCCUCCUGGGGGCCCACACUCGCCAUAUGGGUUCCAUAUUUGACCAGUUUGUGAAGUUCAAGCCUCCAGCUUUCCUGUUCCUCCAUCACCGGCCCUUCCUGCCUCUGGUCCCCGUGUUGGCUCUGCUCACACACUUCGCAGAUGUCAGUACUUUCAUGGUGCAGCAGAUUAUCAAGUUCACCAAGGAUCUGCCCCUCUUCCGGUCCCUAUCCAUGGAGGACCAGAUCUCCCUUCUCAAGGGAGCGGCUGUGGAAAUAUUACACAUCUCACUGAACACCGCUUUCUGUCUUCAAACACAGAAUUUCCUCUGUGGACCUCUUUGCUACAAAAUGGAAGACGCAGUUCAUGCAGGGUUCCAGUACGACUUUAUGAAGGUGAUUCUUCGCUUCCAUAUAACACUGAAACGACUACGGCUCCAGGAGCCUGAGUAUGUGCUCAUGGCUGCCCUGGCCCUCUUCUCUCCUGACAGGCCUGGAGUUACCCAGAGGGAAGAGAUCAAUCGGCUACAAGAGGAGAUGGCACUGAUUUUGUACAACCACAUUAUGGAACAACAGUCAAGGCUCCAAAGUCGGUUUCUGUACGCGAAGCUGAUGGGCCUGUUGGCUGAGCUCCGGAGUAUAAACAAUACAUACUCAUACGAAAUACAUCGCAUCCAAGGACUGUCUGCUAUGAUGCCGCUGCUUGGGGAAAUCUACAGCUGAGGCCCUGGCUCAAAUUCUUCCACAGACCCCCUCGGAUACGGAUACACUGGGCUGGAACAGGGAAAUUGCUGGUACCCAAGAUGGGAACCAGCAGAAAGGGCUCAGUGGUGGCAAUGAAACGCUGAACAGCAA